UCUCCACUACACCAUGCAAUUGGUCAAGAAAUUCAUUUUUUCCUGGGGUAGUAGGAAGAGGCAGUGCACGAAAAAGUCUUGUUGCAACCAAAGUGGUACCAAAGAAUGACUCACCAAUCAGAGUUUCCGACUCUGAAAGGAUGAAAGCUAAAGAAGGGGAUGAAGAAAGAGUUACUCUAACUAAAGAGCCUAAAAGAAAGUUGGCAGAUGCUUGGAGAGAAAUUCAUGGCCAAAAUGAUUGGGCAGGCAUGCUUGAUCCCCUUGAUCCGCUCUUGCGAGCUGAGCUGAUGCGGUAUGGGGACAUGGCACAAGCAUGUUAUGAUGCCUAUGAAUUUGAUCCAUAUUCCAAGUACUGCGGAAGCUGUAAAGUCAAACCAAGCAUGUUCUUCGAAAACCUUGGCUGGAAGAAGUGCGGUUACGAGGUAACAAGCUAUAUUUAUUCAACCUACAAUGUCAACUUCCCAAAGUUCUUCAACGUCUCUCUGAAUCCAGAUGGAUGGAGCCAUUCAGCUAAUUGGAUUGGCUAUGUUGCUGUGUCAAAUGAAGAGUACUCGAAAUAUCUAGGGCGCCGCGACAUAAUGAUUGCUUGGAGGGGCACGGUGACAAAUGCUGAGAAGAUUGCAGAUCUGAUGGACUUCCAGAACCCAACCACAUACCACACGAUUCCUAGCCGCGAUCCAACCAUAAAAGUAGAGGCAGGAUUCUUGGACCUCUACGCAGGCAGAAACGUAGAUUGUCAGUAUUGCAAGUACUCAGCCCGGGAACAAGUUUUAGCUGAAGUGAAGAGAUUAAAAGAACUGUACCCUGGCGAGGAAUUAAGCAUAACGAUUACAGGGCACAGUCUUGGUAGUGCCUUGGCAACAUUGAAUGCUUAUGAUAUAGCAGAAAUUGGUCUAGAUGUAAUGGAAGACGGAAGAGUAAUUCCUGUGACCGUGUUCUCAUUCUCUGGUCCAAGAGUUGGAAAUGCAAGAUUCAAGGAGCGAUUGGAGGGUUUAGGGGUGAAAAUACUAAGAAUUUUUAACGUCCAUGACCAGGUGCCUAAGGUACCAGGAAUUUUCUUGAACGAACUUGUACCAAAAGUGCUGCAACAGCUUGGAGGAUGGUUUCCAUGGUGCUAUUUUCAUGUUGGUGAGGAGCUGCCCUUGAAUCACGAAAACUCGCCCUUUCUGAAAGAUGAAAGCAACCUGGUGUUCUUCCACAAUUUGGAGGUCCUGCUGCAUUUGCUUGAUGGAUACCAUGGCAAGGGUCGAAGAUUUUGGCUUGCAGGUGGGAGAGACAUUGCACUGGUGAACAAAACAACAGACUUCUUGAAGAAGGAUUUCCUAAUUCCACCAAAUUGGUGGGAAACAAACAACACAAUGCUCUUCAGAAAUCAUUUGGGACAAUGGGUUAUGCCGGAACAGCAUGAUCUUGAGAUCCACACCCCAUCGGAAGAUGUACAACAUCACCUCCAACAGUUGAAUCUAGCAUGUCAUGCCCAAUGGCAUUAGCUUUGUACCAGUGCCCCACUG